GAUUUCUUGGAGCGACCAUGGCCGCGCUCUGGUGCAGCUCCUUCUCCAAGCUCGACGCGCGUCCGUCGCGCCGCCCGUCGUGCGUCUGCCGCCUGCGCCUCUGCGCUCUCGACGACUACAUGGAGGAUGCGCCAUCGUCCGCCGAGGUCAACGCUGUCCUCUUCGUCAACAUGGGCACGCUGCGCCGGCUCGGUAUCAUCUCGGACGCGCUGGUCGUCGUCUCGGCGCCCGACGACGACCGGCGUCAUAUCGCCCGCGCUAGCCUGUUGCGCGACGUACCCAGCGAUGGCGUGUGCUUGAGCCCAAUGCUCGCCUACAACGUCGGGCUGCGCGCAGCAACAGGAUCCCUCGACGUCCGGCCUAUCCAAAGCGCCGACAUUGGUCUCGCUGGCCACAAGAGCUUCGCAGCCUCGACGCUACCUCCGGCCGCGUCGCGUGUCGAGAUUGCGCCACUGCUGCUGCCGUCGUUAGCGGUCGCGGCGCCGCACCAGGAGCAGCUGCUGCGGGCGCUUCGCGAUUACUUUGGCACCCCUCGGCUCCUCCAAGAAGGCGACGUCUUUGGCCUCCCCGUGUUUGCCGACAUCCUCGACGGACGACGAGAUGGCGCACCCGCGACGAUCGAUAUCCCAGUCGGCGCAUUCCACGACGAUCCGUCGGCGACAGCAACGGUCGCCGUGCCCGACGCGCUGCAGAUUCCAGUCGACGUUGUGUUUUUCGCUGUCGUGAGCGUCACGGCGACGACACCUGCGGUCGCGUACUCGGUGUCUCGACAGAGCACGACGCUCGUGCAAGUGGCGCCGCGGACGCUGCGGCUACCGGAAGAAGGCGCGAUGCGUCGGUACUUGUCUCGUCCGUCGGGGCCGUCGGCGCCGACAGCAUCGACGACGUCGCACCUUGCAGAGCUUCUGCAUCCGACCGACGUUGGCAUUCCCAUGUCUAUCUUGCUCAGCGGUCCCGCCGGCAUUGGCAAAAAGUCGCUUCUGUACGACGCCGCGUCCACGCUGGGCCUCUACGUGCUCGAGGUGAACUUUACGGACCUCACGAGCACGUCCCAGGCGCAAAUGCUCGAGAACCUCCGAGACAUUGCCGCGAAAGCCAAGGCGCUCUCGCCUUGUGUGCUGUUUCUGAACCGGUUCUUUGCCUUUGAGAAGGACGACGAGGAAGCAUCGCUGCGACUCGGCAGCGCCAUCAUGGAGUGCCUGGACGCGAUGGACGUGCCGCUUGUCGCGACGGUCGAAGAUGCAAGCGAGCUCCCCGCACUCGUGCGUCAGUGUUUUUUGUACGAGCUGGCAUUGGAGGCCCCCACGGAGGCCGAGCGCCUCGCGAUGCUCGAGCAGCUCACGGCGACGACCGUCUUGGCGGCCGACGUGGACCUCGCAGCAGUCGCGCACCAAAGCGCUGGCCGCACGUUUGGGGAGCUCCGUGCCUUGGUGGCCGAUGCCACGUGCCACCGCCUCGCACAAGUCUCGGAGCUUGCGACGAUCGACGAAGAUGCGAUGAUCGAGAGCCUCUCGGCGCUGGCUCUGCACAUGGUCGACUUGGAGCACGCACUCAAGCACCAAGCGACCAAGUCGUCGCUCGGUCUUGGCUCGGCCACGAUUCCCAACGUCAAGUGGGAAGACGUCGGUGGCCUCGACCACGUCAAAGACGAAAUCCUCGACAUGGUCCAAUUGCCGCUCAAGCACCCCGAGCUCUUUGCGUCCGGCGUCCGACAACGCUCGGGCAUCUUGCUUUACGGUCCACCGGGCACGGGCAAGACGCUGCUGGCCAAGGCGAUCGCGACCGAGUGCAGCAUGAACUUUAUCAGCGUCAAGGGCCCCGAACUCCUCAACAUGUACAUUGGUGAAAGUGAAAAGAACGUUCGGCACGUGUUCCAAAUGGCUCGGAACGCGCGUCCGUGUAUUCUCUUCUUCGACGAGCUUGACUCGCUCGCGCCGAUGCGCGGUCGCGGCAGUGACUCGGGCGGCGUCAUGGACCGCGUCGUGUCGCAGCUCCUCACGGAGAUCGACAGCAACCUCGACCAAGUGUUUGUCGUCGGUGCCACCAACCGCCCGGACCUCAUCGAGUCGGCGUUGCUUCGCCCUGGGCGGUUUGAUCGACUGCUGUACCUCGGUAUCUGCAGCGACAAGAACGCCCAGCUCAAGGUCGUCGAAGCCCUCACGCGCAAGUUUCGCCUCGCGCGCGACGUGCACUUGCCGACGGUCCUCUCGGCGUGUCCGCUGCACUUUACAGGCGCCGACUUUUACGCGCUCUGCUCGAUUGCGCUGGCCAAUGCGAUCAAAGACCGCGUCCGCGCCAUCGACGCGCACAUUCAAACAACCAACCAAGCCGAUUGCUACUCGGCGCGGCCGCUCAACCCGGCGAUGGUGCUCGACAAGAUGACGCCGGACGAGCUCCAAGUCGAGGUGUCCGCGACGCACUUUGAACGCGCGCUUGCUGCUGUCGUGCCGUCGGUCUCGGCCUCGGAACUCGCCCACUACGAGAAGCUCCGAAAGCAGUUUAGCUCGCUCGACGUCGCGUCUUCCUAA